CCCUCCCCAAAAACACACAGUAUUCUUUGCUCCCACCACCACACAAAGGAGAAGAGGAAUUAAACUAAACUAAGCCAGUCAAUGAAUACUAUGCCAGACAAAAAGGAAGAUGUGAAGGGUGAGAUCAUGGAAGGGGAGAAGGGGAAGGAGGUCUUGGAAGUAUUGGAGGAUGAGGAGAAAAGUGAAAGGAGUGUUAGUAGUAGCUGUGUUCCGUUGAAGAGAAAAAGAUCUCCCCAGCCGGUGUUGGACCUUAAUGAAGAAGUAGCCAUGGAUGUAAGUGAUGACGGUGAUGAGGAGGAGGAGGAGGAUGAUGAUGAUGAUGAAGAUGUUGAAGAUAAAGAGUUAGCUAAUGAUGAAGAUGGUGGAAGCACGACGGAAGUGGCAGCCGGAGGAAGUUCGAGCAACAAUAGUAGUACUAAUAACAAUAGCAGUGGUGGAAAGAGAGACGGUAACAGUGACCGUGCUCCGUCGGUUAGGCAGUACGUUCGGUCUAAGCUUCCUAGACUUCGGUGGACUCCUGAUCUCCAUCUCUCCUUUGUUCAUGCUGUUGAACGUUUAGGAGGACAAGAGAGAGCAACUCCAAAGUUGGUUCUUCAGAUGAUGAAUGUGAGGGGGCUCAGCAUUGCUCAUGUAAAGAGUCAUUUACAGAUGUAUAGAAGCAAGAAACUCGAUGAUUCACGACAAGAGAAAUCCAUUCUCUCAUCUGCAGUUUUCUCACCUAUGGAAAUGCAUAUGAGAAGAGGAGAUCGAAUUCCGGAGAUGUUUUACCAUAGAACAUCAGCUCACCAACCUUUCAGAAUGGAAAAUGGAGGCAAUCUCUUCCAAACAAGAAACAUUCAUGAAUCAUAUAGUACCCUUCUUCAUCGUCGACAACCUCAACAAGACUUCGAUACAAAGAACUCCUUCAGCAGACAACAAGAAUGGGCAUUCAACCAGCAACAAGCGGCAGAAAGAAUUCGAUCACUGAACAGUCAAGGCCCUGCAAGAGGCUUGAUCCAUGACAUGAUGUAUAGGAAAGAAGGCAAACCAUUAACAUCUCAUCUUUUCGAUGUGAGGGAUGCCAUAACCGGAAACAACACAAUACAACCUCAUCAACUACUUGAAGAAAAAUGGCGAUCUCUUGGCAUGUCACCUACCAACCAAGACAUGGAUAGGAAGAACAUUUCAUCACUAGAUUGGAUUGGCAGCAGUUCAACUCCACUCUCCAUGCCUGAUUCUUCAUUCACAUUGAACCAUAAACCAUUCUCCUAUUCCUACUUGCAUGAUUCUAUGAACAUUAAAGACAACUUCCAGUUACAAGAACGUGCAACAAUUGAGAUGAAGAGUAGUAGUAGUACUACUACGCCAAACUUGAAGCUCAGUUUGAGUAAUAGUGACUGGACAAGUGAAAGAGCAAAUGAGAAAAAAGAUAGUGAUAUUAAUGUUGGAGUUGAAAAAGAAGAAGAUGAAGAAGAUGAGAGUGUGCUCUCACUCUCUCUUUCUCCGCCGACAAUGUCAUCGGAACAAAAGAAGAAGAAGGCCGCUCUGGGACUGAGUACUUUGGAUCUGACCAUGUCCAUCAAGGCAUUGGAGUGAGAUCUUUCAAGUACUUGUUUCAAGGCCUUUCUAGAGCAAACAUAGAUAGAUAUAUAUGUAUGUGCUAGCUCCUCAUGAAAUAAGAGUUCUUCCUUGUGGUUCCCUUGAGGCCAUAGUUCAUUCAUUUUUAAUUAGUUCAACUAGUGAACAGGAAUUUUCUUGAAGUUUAAUUAUAUAUCUUUGGAAAUCAAGCUAGUUUGUGACCAUAUAUUAUAUAUGAAGAUAGUGAUUA